AUGCAGUGGGAUGUCGAGACUGAUUGCUUUGGAUAUAAAGAGAGUCAGAAGGAGAAACCCUUGACAAGGAGGGGGUUGCUAAGUAUUGUAUCCUCCAUCUAUGACCCGCAUGGAUUUGCUAGUCCCUUCACGCUGUUAGCCAAAAGGAUCGUCCAAGACUUAAGCAGGAAGAAGUUGGGUUGGGACGAAGCACUGCCGUCACGACACAGAGAGGAUUGGCAACGCUGGAAACAGGACUUGGGAAAACUCGAACAGCUGCGGAUAAACCGAUGUAUCAAGCCUUAUGGGUACAAGGAUGGUGUCAGUUAUCAGUUACAUCACUUUUCCGAUGCGUCUGAGGCAGCGUACGGAGCUGUUACUUACCUUCGUAUGGUGAAUUCUGCAGGCCUCAGUCACACGUGUUUGCUGUUGUCAAAGUCACGUCUGGCACCUUUAAAAAAGGUUACGAUACCAAGACUCGAGCUGACAGCUGCGACACUCUCUGUGAGGCUGGAUGCAAUGAUCAAGAAGGAGUUAGACCUACCUUUGGAAGAAUCAGUCUUCUGGACUGAUAGCACAAUAGUGCUUCGAUACAUCAAUAACGAAGAGAAGCGUUUCCACACCUUUGUGGGGAACAGAGUAGCCGUCAUCCAGAACCAGUCAAGUUCUCAUCAGUGGCGCCAUGUGAAAAGCGGGCUAAAUCCGGCAGAUAUUGUCACGAGAGGACAAAUGGCGGAUGAGCUGCUGGCCAACCAGAAGUGGUUGAUUGGUCCUGAAUUCUUGCGCCAAGAUGGCCACCUGUGGCCAAGUUUACCAAUCUCGACAACCCUUAACGAUAACGAUCCAGAAGUAAAGCCUGAGAAGGAGAUAGUCACCGUUUACGCCACCGAGCGUAAGGAUUCAGCUAAUCCAACCGACAGAUUGAUAGCCAGGCACUCCUCAUGGUAUGAGCUGAAAAGAAGUGUUGCAUGGAUUAUGCGAGUGGCUGAUAGUCUGCUAAGAAGAAUCAGGAAGCAACCGGCAGUACAAGACAUGAAGACACUGACAACAAACGACCUGGCUAGGGCAGAGGCUUCUAUCAUAAGAUACAUUCAAGCCCAGUCAUUUCAAGAGGAGUUCAGCCACUUGAAGAAGGGUGAAGAUAAGAUUCAGAAGCUAAAAGCUGAAAUGAAGAAGAAAGGUCAACUGUACAAGUUGGAUCCUAUCCUGACAGAAGACGGCAUCAUCAGAGUUGGGGGACGAUUGCGGAAUGCCCCGGGGAAUAUGUCAAAUCAACCACCCAUAUUGCCAAAGGGCAACCAUGUGGUCUCUCUCAUCAUGAAGCACUACCAUCUGGAAUCUGGUCAUUCUGGGAGGGAGUAUGUUCUGUCACUGAUACGACAAAGAUUCUGGAUCAUCAAGGCUAGAUCUAUGCUGCGUAGAGUUUUGAGCAAUUGCUUCGAGUGUAGACGAAGAUCUGCAGUUCCGGUCCAGCAAAAGAUGGCAGACUUACCAUCUGACAGAGUUACCCCAGGCAGACCACCAUUCUCAUUUGUUGGAGUCGACUGUUUUGGACCAUUUCUGGUGAAACAGGGUAGAAAUCAGAUCAAACGAUACGGUUGUAUAUUCACAUGUCUAACAUCUCGAGCGGUACACAUAGAAGUUCUGCACACAUUGGAUACUGAUUCCUUCAUAAACGGCAUGCAGAGAUUUAUCUGUCGGCGAGGACAACCAAUAGAGCUGAGGUCUGACAAUGGCUCUAAUUUCAUUGGGGCUGAGCGUGAGCUCAAGGAAGCUUGGAAAGGGUUGAGUCAAGAGAAGGUUGACAAGUGCCUUCUAAAGAAGGGAAUCCAGUGGAAGUUCAACCCCCCGACCGCUUCCCACAUGGGAGGCGUAUGGGAAAGACAAAUAAGGUCGACACGCAGGCUGUUGAGUUCACUGAUGACAGAGCAAGUAGUAAGCGAUGAAACCUUGUCAACUGUAAUGUGUCUAGUCGAAUGUAUCAUAAACAACAGGCCGAUUACCACCGUUUCAGACGACAUCAAUGACUUGGAGCCACUCACACCAAAUCACCUACUACUUCUUCGUGGUGCACCCCAUUCCCUUGGUGAAUUCGACAAAAAGGAGAUGUACACACGGAGGUGA